CAGACGUUUCGUUACCCGACUAGGUAACAUCAUCAGUGCUGCUGUUUGCACGUGUGGAUGACAGCUUCUGCCUGCCGGGGUUGCAUCCAUGAAGGCCUCAGCAGGGUUGGGAGCUCCGUUGCAACGCAGAGGGAGAGCCUGUAGGAUCAAGGCCACGGCUUCCUACGUGGACGAAUCCCUCUUCGGCAGCCACAGAAAGUGCCAGCCCGCCGGACCGGAGUUUGAGCCACCCUGGAGGGAUGGAAAGACUCGUGGGCAGAGACCCCUGCUGUGGAGUCCGGAGACCACGCGGGUGGAUUCCAGUCCCUUGAAUUCCCCCCCGCCAGCUAGCACCCCACGGAAGAGAAACAAAUACAGGCUGAAAAGCCACACGCCGUCCUAUUGCGAUGAGACGCUGUUUGGGUCAAAGUCAGGAGGACAAGAAUGGGCAGCAUCGUGGGCAGCGAGAGAAGAUGUGGCCAAGCUCCGCCCUUUGCUCUGGACUCCGCCUUCGGCUCCAAGAGACCCACCAGCCCUUUUCCAUCAUCCGAAGGAGAUCCCCUUCUCUCAGGGGAAGGACAGAUUGGAAGCAAACCACGGAGUAGGAACCUCUUUGGGGAAGCAGCCUGAGAACUAUUCAGACACCGUCACGCACGGCAUGGGAAGACCACGUUCCCAGUCCCUUACGAGGCUGGGUCAUACUUCGGAUCGAUUUCAUCCAGCGAGGUCAAUUAAACAGCAGGAUCAACGCACACUCAGUGGUUCUUUGAGCGCUCUUCCCACUCCACGUUCAAAGGGGCUGCCCGUUUUGUCUGCCCGGCCAAAAAGUUCACGUAAAGAAAAGCCCCCUUGGAAAUAGAGCGGCCGGAUGAAUCCUGUAAAUGGAGUCUCACUAAAUCAGUGUUUCUCCAGCUUGGCACCUUGAAGAUGGGUGGGCUUCAUUUCCCAGAAUUCCCCAGCCAGCCAUGCUGUAUACCGUAUACAGAAUAAUUGCAUCGAUGGUGGUUUCUUCUCAUCCAUGUUUCUUUGGAGGCCCUUUGAUGGUAGCUAGUUAACCAACAACCUUUCUCUGUGUGGGCAAGAUGUGUGGGGCACGAACGAUGCAAAGAGAUCUGAUUGUGAGGCUGAUUAAGUGAUGAGAACCGAUGGUCUGUUUUUGCACCAUUAAUCCAGGAGGUCCCCAUUUUUCUGGCAUUACGGAUAUUCAUACAACAGGGCGGGUCGUGCCCCCCACGGCAAUUGCUAAACACCCAGGUUAUUGGAAAGCAAGCCAGUGGGUUUGUUCUCUAAGGUUGCUUAUGAUGUCUGCAUGAGACUUAGAGCGUUACGGUCAAUAUAGAUGACGUUUCAGCCUGAUGGUUUGCUUUACAGUAUCUUAGCUUCCUGUAUACUUUUUUAAAAAAUUAAAGUAGUGCUUAAAGCAAAGUCAGGUGGGGCAAAUAGCCUGGCUAGCACUAAGAGAGGUGUUUAUGGCUACCACUGUGCUUUGCUUCGUUGCCAUUAGUGAAUAAGUAGCGGUUGGCUAAGUUGACAUAACACGCGACCUUAUAAACAAACCACUUUUUCCGUUGCUGUUUUGCUUACCGUGCUGGGUGAAUCCAGACACUAACCCCCCCCCCUUUUUUUUUUCCUUCUGCAUUUCUGGGAAAGUGGAGGGGAAAAGAAUUUUUUCUAAGCGGAGGGAGAUUUUCUUCUCUUCCAUUUCAGCAUAUGGCGUUUCCCCUGCCUUAUGAGGGAGGGGAAAAAAGGCAGAGCAAACCGACACUGGGACAGUGUGAAAUGAUAAUAAAAUGGUGAAGUU